UCACCCUCCUUCCUUCCCCCUUUCGAACGAAAUUCAACCAAAAAUUCAUCGUCGAGAACGCCUAAAAGAGAAACAUAAAAAUAAGAAAGAUGCGCGAGAUCGUACACGUGCAAGUUGGCCAAUGUGGGAAUAACAUCGGCUCGAAGUUUUGGGAAGUGGUCUCGGACGAGCACGGUCUGACCGUGGACGGGAUGUUCCAAGGAGAUUCCGAGCUCCAGCUGCAACGGAUAAACGUGUAUUUCGUAGAAGGGCCAGGUAUUUGUUUCGAGACAUCGUGUAAGUAG